UGACUUAUUGACCCUUAUCUUUUCUUUUCAUGGUAAGAAAAUUGACACUUACCUUAUAUAUAAAUCAUUUUUGGUCAUUGCAAGUAACAUUCAAGGAAAAUGGACAAAAGAUGGAGUCUCCAAGGUAUGACUGCCCUUGUGACCGGUGGAGCCAGCGGAAUCGGUUAUGCCAUAGUAGAGGAGUUAGCUAGUUUUGGAGCCAGAAUCCAUGUAUGUGACAUCUCUGAAACUCUGCUUAAUCAAAGUUUAAGUGAAUGGGAAAAGAAAGGGUUUCAAGUGAGUGGUUCAAUCUGUGAUGUAGCCUCUCGCCCCGAGAGAGAAAAACUGAUGCAAACCGUCUCUUCGCAGUUCGAUGGCAAACUCAACAUUCUUGUAAACAAUGUGGGCGUAAUCCGCUCAAAGCCAACAACAGAAUAUACGGAAGACGAUUUCGCUUUGCAUAUAUCAACAAACGUGGAAGCUGCUUACCAUUUUAGCCAGCUUUCACAUCCUCUGCUAAAGGCUUCAGGCUAUGGAAGCAUCAUCUUUGUUUCCUCUAUUGCUGGGGUUACAUCUUUUGACGCUGGAUCAAUUUAUGGUCUAACAAAAGGAGCUUUGAUUCAGCUAGCUAAAAAUUUGGCAUGUGAGUGGGCAAAAGACGGCAUAAGAGCCAACGCUGUUGCGCCUAAUGUCAUCAAUACUCCUCUGUCUCAAUCUUAUCUUGAUGUCGCCGGUUUCAGGGAGGCAUUGUUCAGUAGAACUCCACUUGGUCGCACUGGAGAGCCAAGAGAGGUUGCAUCACUUGUGGCUUUUCUUUGUCUACCUGCUGCUUCUUAUAUUACUGGUCAGACCAUUUGUGUUGAUGGAGGUCUCACUGUUAAUGGCUUCUCCUAUCAGCCACAGGCUUGAUAAUAGCCUUGUCCUGUUCUGUUUGUUGGUCUUAAACGAUGUUUUCAAUGUUUUCUCAGUAAUAAAAACUCCUACUAUGAGUUUAUGAACAAAAACAUAAACGAUAUCAAAAUUACAUGGUGGAGAUGCUAAUCUCUCUUAAAAUAGUAGUUCUGAUUAUACAUCAAAAUGUUCUAUUCCAUCCUCUGUUUACUAUUAAGUAACUAGAUAUCUCCCAAAGAAAGAAUCAUGUGACAUCACAAUAUGUUUUACAA